AGCAAUGAAUCAAUUCAAGCAUGUUACUUAUAGAGAAGCAAUAGAUAGAGCCAUGGAUCAGGAGAAGGCUAUGACUAAAGUCAAGACAUUAGAGCAACAAGUUAGGCCGCCUUUUAAGAAGAGGAUAUUUGAUAAGGGUCAUAGACCCUUUGCCCCAACACCACAUAAGUUUGAGAUCGAUAAAAUUUCCAAAAAGUUAGGAACUACUAAGAUUGAGGGUCACACAUUAACAACUCAGCAUACUCAUUCUACUCAACCCAUUUGCCCUAAUUGUAGAAAAGUUGGGCACACUUGUGAUCGAUGUCGUGCUAUUACUAAGGCUUGCUUCAAAUGUGGCAAGCCUGGACAUCAAGUUGGGGUGCAGAAACAAAAUGUUAAGGUUAGGACAAGAGCACAACAUGCGAGAGUUCAUGUAAUGACUUGUAACGAAGCUGCGACUACGGACAUAAUCACGGAUAUACCUAUGGUGUGUGAGUUUCUUAAUGUAUUUCUAGUGGAUCUUCCAAGUUUACCUCUGGAUAGGGAGAUUGAAUUUGCUAUUAAUUUUGUUCCUAAUAUUGAUCCUAUUUCCAAAGCCCCAUACCGAUUUAUGGAUUUGAUGAAACGAAUAUUUAGCAAGUACUUAGACAAGUUUGUGGUUGCUUUCAUUGACAACAUUUUAAUCUACUCUUUUAGCCAUGCUCUUCAUAAGGAGCACUUAAGGACAAUUCUCGAGAUGUUGAGAAACAAGAGAUUGUUUGUUACAUUUAAAAAUUUUUUAGGAUUGGCUGGUUAUUGCCACCAAUUUGUGGAGGAUUUUUCUACAAUUGCUUUGCCAAUGACUCGUCUUAAUAGGAAGGAUACAAAAUUUGAGUGGACUCUAAAGUGUGCGAAGAGCUUUCUGACCCUUAAAGAAAAGUUGGUCGCUGCCUCUAUUCUUGCACUUCUCAUUAGUGGCGAAGGAUUCACUAUAUAUAGUGACGCCUCUAAAAAUGGUCUAGGAUGUGUCUUGAUAGUUGGCAAUGGUGGUAUUUGCACUCAAGAUCAGGAGGCAUUAUCUCUAUGGCGAUGGCUUGAACUUCUAAACGAUUAUGACUUGACCAUUAGUUACCAUCCAAGUAAAGCCAACAAAGUAACAGAUGUAUUGAGUAGAAAGUCCUCUAGCACUGCCUCUAACAUCCUUGCCACUAAGAAGGAGUUACUUGAGGAUCUUGCUAAACUUGAUGUGGAGUUCAGAUUGAACAUUACUAAAGCCUAUCUAGCCGAUCUUAGUGCACAACCAGCAUUAAUAAAUAGAAUUAAACUUGCUCAACAAAAAGAUCCUUUCUUACAAAGGUUGAAAGAAAAGGUAAAUGCAAGGGAACUCCACAUGCAAGAACUCAAAGUUUAUGAUGAUGAAACCCUGUGGUUUGGCGACAAGUUGUGUGUACCAAGAGAUGGAGGAUGCCCAUAAUACUAGUUACACAGUUCACCCAAGUAGCACAAAGAUGUAAUGAGACUUGUGUAGUACAUUUUGGUUGCGGAACAUGAAGAGGGAGAUAGCUAGAUUUGUCUCACAAUGCCUGACUUGCCAAAAGUCAAGGUUGAACACCAGAGACUUCUUGGAAACCUAUAGCCUUUACCUAUUCCCCAAUGAAAGUGGGAGAACAUU